CGGUUUUUUAAGUUUUAAAUAAAUUAAAAGACAGUUGUUUAGUUUUUAUUUUAUCUAAGUUUUUUUUAUACUAACAAAGUGCUUAGUUAAAAACAUUAGUGUAAUGUAAUAAAAUCCAUUCCUCGCCAUUUUCAAUAUAAAUUUGAUAACGCUUAUCGAAUGAUUGAAACGGCUUUUCCUCGUUUCUGCAAGUUUUUGGCUUGAAAAUACAAUUAUUAUUAAAAAAAUCUAAAUUAUACUUCAUAGUGUGUCUUUAUAUUCGCCUGAUUCCGCCUCGCUGACAAAAAUCAUAACAAAAUAAUAUUCAUAAUGAGUGACGAAGAAGUGGUCCAAAUAACUAAUCUGUUAGAACGUACAAUUUCUACAGACAAAGAAGAGCUAAACCAAAUACAAAAGUUUUUGGAACAUGCAGCUCAAACGAAUCUACCUGGUUUUCUCAAAACCUUGUCAAAUGUUCUAUUAUAUUCCGUUAACAAUCCAGUUGCACGCAUUGCGGCAGGACUACAAAUUAAAAAUCACAUCACUUCAAAAGAUGAAGCUGUCAAAAUACAAAUGAAACAGCGGUGGUUGUCGUUCACUGAACAAGACCGCAUGUUCAUUAAGGAAAAUAUAUUCAAGGCACUAGGCACUGAAAGUCGACCAAGCUCAGCUGCGCAAUGUGUUGCUAAUGUCGCUAUUAUUGAGUUGCCAUUAAACCUCUGGCCAGGUCUUAUCGCUUCGCUAGCCGCUAAUGUUACUGACCCUAAUUCUACGGAUGUCCUAAAGGAAUCAUCUUUGGAGACCAUUGGUUACAUUUGUGCGGAAACCGAUAGAGAAAUUUUGAAAGCAGAGUCAAACACAGUAUUGACAGCUAUUGUACAUGGUAUGACCCAAAUGAAUAAUCACGUGUGUUUAGCAGCUACAACAGCCCUCUACAAUUCAUUGGAGUUCACUAAAGGAAAUUUCGAGAAGAAAAUUGAACGCGAUUAUAUCAUGGAAGUCGUUUGUAAAGCAACACAAUCAUCAGAUACUCAAAUCAAAGUCGGUGCUCUUCAAUGUCUCGUUAAAAUUGUCUCUCUUUACUAUGAACACAUGGAGCUCUACAUGACUACCCUGUUUCCGAUCACCUUACAAGCUAUCAAAUCAGAUUUAGAUGAAGUAGCUCUUCAAGGUAUUGAAUUUUGGUCAAGUGUUGCCGAAGAAGAAGCUGAGAUUAUUUAUGAAAGGCAAUGUCAAGAAUCGGCCGGUGACAAAAAACUUAUGAUGUACGCAGAAGGAGCAUUGGAGUUUAUCACUCCUGUUCUUAUGGAGAAACUGACAAAACAGGAAGAAGGAGAUGACGAUGACGAUUGGAAUCCAUGUAAAUCCGCAGGCGUCUGUAUUAUGUUAUUAGCUACUUGCUGUCAGAACAAUAUUGUAGCUCACGUACUUCCGUUCAUCAAUGCAAAUAUCAGUAGUCCGGAUUGGCGUUUCAGAGAUGCUUCAGUCAUGACACUUGGAUCUAUUCUUGGCGGUCUGGAUCCUAACGCUUUAAAAACCCUUCUCGAACCUAAUAUUCCGGUUCUUAUACACCUCAUGUACGAUUCAAGUAUUGCUGUGCAAGAUACAUCAGCGUGGACAUUUGGUCGUAUAUUUGAGUUUGUACCCGAACUGAUUAUAAACUCGCCAUGUUUGAGUGACGUACUCGGAGUAUUCAUUAAAGGUCUUAAGUCGGAACCUCGUGUAGCCACAAAUAUCUGUUGGGCUUUUAGUAGCCUGGCUCAAGCUGCCGGAGAAGACAUGAAUGUGUUAACGCCAUAUUUCGAUUACAUUGUACAAGGUUUGCUGGAAACAACAGAAAGAGGAGAUGGAAUGCGAUCGAAUUUACGAUCUGCCGCCUACGAAGCACUCAUGGACAUGAUUAAAUGCGCUCCUGCUGAUUGUUAUGAAACUGUUAAACGUACAACAUUAAUUGUACUCGGCCGUUUGAACCAAAUUAUUACCUUGCAAUCAAUGAACGAAGAUUGUUUGGAUAUGCAAGGGUUGUUAUGUGCAACAUUACAAAGUGUUAUACGGAAAAUGAGUGGUGAAGAUGUAGAAAAAAUUGCCGAUGCCAUUAUGAACGCUCUUUUAGUCAUGUUGAACACGAGCAAAGAUAGCGGUCUACAAGAAGACGCUUUGAUGGCCAUCAGUCCAUUGGUAGAAAAUCUUGGAAAAGGGUUCAACAAGUACAUGGAGUAUUUCAAGUCAUAUCUAUUUGUUGGACUUCAAAACAACAUGGAAUUCCAAGUAUGUUUAGCCGCUAUAGGUUUAGUGGGGGACUUGUCUCGAGCUCUCCGUGAAGACUUGGCGCCAUACUGUGAUCAAAUAUUUGCUCUACUUUUCGAUACCCUUCGCAACAAUACCGUUAAUCGGAAUUUAAAGCCACAAAUUCUUUCUGCAUUCGGAGACAUUGCUCUCGGCAUUGGUUCGGAAUUCAAAAAGUACUUGGACCACGUUGUUACUGCAUUGGUUCAAGUUGCACAACUUCAACUAGAUCCUAACGAUGCAGAUAUUGUAGAUUACUUGAAUGAACUAAGAGAAGGUGUUUUAGCUGCCUACGUUGGUAUCGUACAAGGCCUGAAAGGCGAAGGCUUUACGCCCAAUCAAGAUGUUUACAUGCUUGAAGCUCAUUUGCCAUUCAUGGUGCAGUAUAUGGUAUCUAUUUGUGCUGAUCCCAACGCACACAUAGGGAUAUUAAAGAGUUGUUGCGGUCUCGUCGGAGAUUUAUGCACUGCAUUCGGAGCAAAAGCAUGCCAGAUUUUAGAUAACCAAGGAGUACACGAGCUGCUGUACAAAGGACGACAGUCCACGGACGUGACUGCUAAGAGUUUAGCACGGUGGUCAGCAAAAGAGCUACAAAAGAUCAAGACUCUUCCAAUGUGUGUUGGGGUUUACAGUUUCAUAAAAAUGGCAGACAUCGACAGCCGAUUCAUCGCCUUUGAGAACGAUCAUACUUACUUGAAAACUCCAAGUAAAGAAUGCAAAAAUCUACAAUCUUUAGAAAAUAGAUCUAUAAAAAUAACUGAAGUUCGGGCGACGGCACCUACAGAUUCAUUGUGUGAUAAGACGAAAAAGAAAACAAACGUAAUCGACAUGAAUCAAUAUUCUCUUUCACAAGCAAUUGACAUUUUAAGUGGGCCUAAUUCGAAAGUAUUUUUUCUUCCACCAGCGGCUCCUUCAACUAUUCCGGUUGCACCAAAAGUUGUAUCAUUAAAAAAUCGUGUGCCGGUAUACAAAGAAAAAAAGCGCGUUGAAAAAUGUAUAUUACCUAAAACAUCAACUCCUAUUAAAGUUAUGCCUGCAACAAAUCCAAAUAAUUUAUUGUAUUUCAUUCCACCAACUACUCCGUUAAAUGUAGGUUUUCAAAAUUCUAGGAAAUCAUCCCCGGGGAAACCGGUAUCAGCUGUACCAAGAAUAGAAAAAGUAGUUGUUCGACCUGCACAAGGACGCAAAGUAAUGAAUGAUAACAAUAGCGGUGUUUGCAAAAUCAAACUCACUAACAAACUGAUGAAGCGAAUACAAAACGGGGAAAAGUUGUUCAUGUGUUUGGAAUGUGACAAAAUCUAUCUGGAACACUGGAGAUUGCUAGAACAUCAAAAAACUCAUACCAAAUGUGAGAAAAACGACUUAAAAGAACGAAUUGUAUUUGUAGAAAGAAAAAAAAAUCCCGACGAGCAAGAAGAAGAAAAUAGUUAUGACUAUAGGCGUGAUGAAGAUUUUUUUGAUAAUCAUUCGACCAAUCUUUCGUCAAUACCUAAAAAACCAAAAAUGUUCAAAGGUGAAUGCAUAAUAUGUCACUCAGUAUUUCUAGAUUUGGGUAAACAUCUAGAAACUUUUCAUCAAAACGACUUGAUCAAAAACAGCUCGCAUCAAUGUUUUAAGUGUGAUUUACAAUUUGAUGCCGAGGAAGAUUUACAAAUGCACAAGUUAACUGUACACAGGAAUGGUAAUGUGUACAGUUGUGAAAGUUGUUUUAAAGAAUUUUCGUCUGAAAAAGAUUUGGAAGCACACAUGUUAACACACAAUACCGAUAAUAUGAAGUAUUUGUGUCCGUAUUGUGAUGCUGGUUUCUCACUGUCGGUUGGAUUACGAGCGCAUCUUACCAAACACAUUGGAAACAGUGCCGAGAAACCGACAUUUGAAAGUUCUCCUCAUCAUCAAGUAGAAAACAGUCUUGGACGACCUCCUGAGCAGCUAGAUCAGCUGUUUGCCGACUUGGAUAAUAUAUCUGAUAAUGUUAAUGGAGUGUAUGUGGAGCAAGUAGCCAACGAUAAUUAUCGAGUGAGAAUUGUCAAAAACCAUUCUGACAACAAGCAGUCACCAAAUGAAUUUGUUGACUCGGAUCCAUUAAAUGACAAUUCAAUUACCAACAACGUUAUGCCUUUGGAAACAAUUGAAAAUAAUAUGGAACUUCAGCCACAACUAACGUCAAACGGUCGUAAAAAGCGUGUGAGUUACACUGUAUGUCGAAUAUGUUUGAUGAUCGUAAGCUACUCCAGAAUUGGCCGGCAUAUGAGAAAAAAGCACAACAGUGCUGCUCCUUAUCAAUGCGAAAUAUGUCACGCCGAUUUCAAUCGCAAGCAUCUUAUGGACGAUCACAGACGGAAACACACUAAUAACAAGCCACACAAAUGUUCCGAAUGUAACAAAUGCUUUGCUUACAAACACCAUCGCAAUCGUCAUAUGAUGUUAGUCCACAACAGCGAUACUUUGGAUAAGCCGUUUCAGUGUACCAUGUGUGACAAGUCAUUUUCUUUUAAAGAAUACCUAACGUUGCAUGUCAAUAGCCGCCAUACCGGCAAACGAUAUAUGUGCCAGAUUUGUGGCAAAAGUUUUCCAACCAACGCGGGAUUGAAUAAACAUCAAUUGUGUCAUACCGACGAAAGGCCGUUCAUGUGUGAACAGUGUGGUCGUACGUUCAAGUGCAAAACCCACUGCGAUACACACAAAAAGAACAUUCAUCCCGGUGAUGUCGACCUGUCUGUAGAACAGGAAAAAUUUGAAUGUAAUUUAUGUAACAAGACGUUUACCACAAAAGUGUAUCGUGAUAUGCAUUUUAAGCGUCACAACGGCCAAGGCCAUCAGUGUAGCAUUUGCUUUAAGCUGUUUGUUUCCAAAGCACAUAUGCAAAGACACAUCAAAAUAAUGCAUUGAAAUGCAUUAUCGUAUUGUCUAGAUUAAUCAUUAAUAUAAAAAACAUAUUUAUAAAUAUAUGUAUAUAAAUUAACAAUAGUUAUGUUAAAGAUGGUUUUUUUUCGUAUUGUUUGAUAUUUUAUUUAAAAAAAAUUUGUUUAUGGCUAUUGUUAUUGUGAUAAUAAAAAAAUAGUAUAAAUUAA